AGACGAAACCAUUAGGCUAGUAGCCUAAUGGUGUCCUCUAUAAAAUGUUCAAAGAAAAGUUUUCUUUUAUUUUUAUUCUACGCCAGAGUAAGAACUAAGAACCCAGACACGGAAAAAACACCGAUAUUUAAAUCAAAAUUUUCGCGCUACAAUGUCGUAAUGUCACUGGGUCUAUCAAAAUUAACAAAUAAACUUCAAAAGUUAGAAGGAAGUAAAGAAAACCUUUUAAUUUUUUUUAAAAUAUGAGUAAUCGUAAAGUAGCUUAUGUAUGGGAAGAAAAUUUGAUUGAACAUUGUGAUCGUUUGCCAGCAGUAAUCGGAAGGGCAUCGUUAGUGCACAGCUUAAUAACUACGUAUGGUCUUUUAAACAAUGUUAAAGUGGUACGGUCUACGCCAGCUACAUAUAAUGACUUGAAGUUAUUUCAUUCUGAUCUUUAUCUUGACCAUUUGAAGACAUUUGGUCAGAUCGAUGAUGAUUACAUGCCUACUACUGAAGAUGAAGAAUAUGGUUUAGGAUAUGAUUGUCCACCCAUAUCAGAUCUGUAUGAUACUGUAGCAACAAUUGCUGGAAGUUCAGUAACUGCAGCAAAGUGUCUUCUUCUAAAUAUUGCUGAUGUGGCUAUAAAUUGGUGUGGAGGAUGGCACCAUGCUCACAGAUUUGGUGCAGAAGGAUUUUGUUAUGUCAAUGAUAUAGUAAUUGCAAUAGAAAAACUAAAGUUAAAGUAUCCAGAAGUACUUUAUGUUGACUUGGAUGUACACCAUGGUAAUGGUGUUCAAGAUGCCUACAAUUUAAGUAAAUCAGUAUUUACCUUAUCAUUUCACAAAUGUGAACCAGGGUUUUAUCCCGGCACAGGACAUGUAGAAGAUAUAGGUACACUAAAAGGAAAAGGCUAUAUGUGUAAUUUUCCACUACAGGCAUAUUAUUCAGAUGAAACUUUUGAAUAUGUUUUUGAUAAUGUAUUUACCAUGGUAUAUUCAUGCUUCAUGCCUGAUGCAAUUGUUGUCCAAUGUGGAGCAGAUGCUCUUGCUCAUGACCCUGUGGGUGGUGCUGGACUCACCAUGAAAGGAUAUUGUUCUUGCAUUCAAAAAGUUCUCGACAAACGGAAACCCACUUUGCUUUUAGGAGGAGGAGGGUAUAACUACACAAAUGCUGCCAAACUUUGGACUACAAUCACAGCCCUUGUGGCAGGAAUUGAAUUGGAUGAAACUAUACCUGAACAUCAUUAUUGGCCAAAGUAUGGACCUGAUUUUAGAUUAUCUGUGCAGCCAUUACUAAGUAAAGAUGUAAAUACAAAACAAUAUAUUACACAUACCAUAUCCAUUGUUAAAGAAAAUUUAAGCAAAUAUUUACAACCUGAUGAAGUUGUAGAGCCACUGAUAAAGAAACGAAAAAUUGAUGAUGAAGAUGACUCCAAAGAUAAAAGUUCUAUUGUAAUGAAAAGUAAAUUAGACUUAAAGUCUGAAAAUAAUGAUGCAAUGGAUGUUCAUAAUCAAGUUACUGACAAAACUGUAGAUAUUUAUGAGUUCUUUGAUUAAAAAUAUUGUUGCUUAAUA